CGACCACAGUGGCAAGACAGGAGCUGUCGAGGAUGAUUCUGUCAGCUUCCCACAGGGGUUUCGGCCUUCGACACCACCCCUCCCUGAUAGACUGGAAGCCUCCUGUGGCCCCCUCCUCGCACCCCAUGGCUCCCCCCAGCCCCAGCACCAACAGCAGCACCACCAACAACAGCAGCAGCAACAGCAGCAGCGCUGGCUGGGAACAGCUCAGCAAGACCAACCUGUACAUCCGGGGGCUGCCCCCUAACACCACUGACGAGGACCUGGUCAAGCUUUGCCGGCCGUACGGCAAAAUUGUAUCGACAAAGGCCAUCCUGGACAAGACGACAAACAAAUGCAAAGGCUAUGGCUUUGUGGACUUCGACAGCCCAGCUGCCGCUCAGAAAGCCGUCACUGCCCUGAAAACCACUGGAGUCCAAGCCCAGAUGGCUAAGCAACAAGAGCAGGACCCGACCAAUCUGUAUAUUUCCAACCUGCCCCUGUCCAUGGACGAGCAGGAGCUGGAGAACAUGCUGAAGCCCUUCGGUCAAGUCAUCUCCACACGGAUACUGCGUGACUCCAACGGAGCCAGCCGCGGGGUGGGAUUCGCCAGGAUGGAGUCGACGGAGAAGUGCGAUGCCGUGAUUAAUCACUUCAACGGGAAGUUUAUUAAAAUGCCACCCGGUGUUCUGGCCCCCUCUGAGCCCUUGCUGUGCAAGUUUGCUGAUGGUGGGCAGAAAAAGAGGCAGAGCCAAAACAAAUAUGUCCAGAACGGCCGUGCGUGGAGGAACGCAUAG